GCUGAUAUCACUAAUAGAUGUGUUUCGUGUUUGUCGUAUAGUGCUAGAUAUCGUCUAAUUGCAGCACCAAUUUAGUUUUUUCUCAAUUGUGUUUCUAUUCCUAAAUGGAAUAAAAGCUAUUGUGUACUGAUUCUGAAUCUCGAUAGUUUGUAACGUAAGUUACAAACCACCACAAAACUAUUUGAAUUUUGAUAAGGUAUAGCAAUUUUUCGUGAGUUAUCGAUUUUCUCAUCGGUUGAGGUUCUGUACGUAAAAGCUGAAUGGAUGUGACGGAAUUCACUUAACUGUGAAACUAGUUUAAUCAAAGAUGUUGAAACAAGAAAACCUCGCAGCUAACUUUUGUGGUUUGCUUUCGAUUGCCGGAAGUAAAGACAUCGCUAUUGAGUGGCGGAUUUUGGGAAAGGAGCAGGAUGGAUCUUUGCUCGCUAGUUGGAUUUCAUGCCAUCCAAUCAAUCGCAAUGAUCAAAAGAGUAAGAUUGGAACAUACUCCCCCAAACACAAAUCACUGGAGGUUUUAUAUACGUUUUGUGGGAGAGAAAAUGUGAUUCAAGCUUCUGUAAAUUUGACCAAGACUCUGCUACUUUAUACCGUCAAAGAAUCGAAACACGUAGAGUCUGGAAGAAAGACGCACAUUUAUAGAUCCUUUCUAGUAGAAAUUAAAAGAAAUGAAGAAGUUGAGCCACUCAUGCUGAUGGAAGUGGGUAGAGACCAUCAGAUGAUGGCUCAGUUUUUGUGGCGGAAUUUAGCUACUUUUGAAAAGAGCCAACAGGACAAAUUCAUAUUGUUGAUCCACCACGAACAGGUUAUUGUGUACACUGCAACUUUGAAGAAAAAGUUGACUGAGGGCGAACAUGAUCUGAUCGGAAGUAGUUCCAAACUUGACUACAAUAAUCCGGCUGCUUGGUAUUUUGACAAAUCAUGUCUCAAAAGCGAAACGAUUACCAAGGGGUUUGUUUGGGCUCAAUGGGACGCAUCUGUGCAGGCACUUUAUUACAUUCACAUGAAGCCCGCACCGAAAACUUUGUUUGAGAAAGACGACGGUUUAACCGAGAAAAAAAUGAAGCCUACCUUAUCGGCUUUCCAGUUCCAUGACGACCUCCGUACCGAAACGGUUCUAAAUAUUCCGCUGAAUUUGCCAAACAUUCCAACGUCUAGCUCGGGAACGGAGGAUAUCUACGAAGACGAUACAGUUCCGUUACGCAUUCAUGAUUCCUCUCUUAACCUGAUCAUCGUUAGUGACCCGGUCGGAAUGCUGUACGUUUGCCACUACUACCUGUAUCAACCGAUCAAACAAUCGGACGAGGAGGCGUCCACAUCGCAGAGCAUCUGCGACGUUCAUUUCGCUUAUUCCGUCACAAUCCUCCAUCAUGGCUGCGUAAUUCAUUGCAUCAUUCCGGGCAUUCCGUGGGAGAAGGCAAAAUCGAUGAAACCAACCUUUACGAUGCACGGCGAUCAUCACAUGCUGGUGUUUCAGGCGGACAUCUUCAUGCACCUGCUGGAUGUGGGAGUGUCACACGAGCCGUGCUGUCACAUUGUGUGCCCACCAUUCACGAGACAACCGGUGACCCAUUUGGUGCCAUGCUUCGUCACCAACAAUAUUUGCUACGAUUCGGUCACGCUGGAUCUGAUUUCGAUCACCAUUCCGAAGGGACAUCUGAUUGAGGCAUUCCGCAACGACACUUCGGUGGACAACCGGUUGGCAAUUGUGCACUAUUUUUUGGCCCAUUCCAGCGGGGAUAUCGUAAGCAUUUUCUCAGAGCUCUUGAGGAUCAUUAUGGAACGUCCGCUCCAUUUGGACACGGUUCCUCUGCUAAAAGAAGCCCUCAUUUCCGGGUCCUAUGCAUCCGCUAAGAAAGGUCUUUCACAGGACCAAUUGGCUCUGUUUCGGCUAUUGCCACUGACCACGUGUAACACUUCGAAGCCCAUACAGGCAAAGGUGUCCAAUCUAAACGUUGGCCUGUCACACGAAACUCUCUAUAACACAUCGAUGAUGUUACUGUCGCCCCAGCAACGGCUGUCACCGUACCGUAAGGAUAUCUGGACUUGCCUGUGGGAAAGGUUGAACGACAAUAAGGAGCGAGCUCGUUUUGCUCAAGAACAGGUGACGGAAAAAUUGAUGUAUUCACUGACUUGCUACCAACCGGAGGCACUGUCUCGCUGCACCACUCCCAUGUCUCCGGCAAACCCGAUCAUGAAUGUUGCGGCUGAAUUCGCUGCUGCCAGUUCGCGACGAAUUCAGAACGAUUUGUUGCCGUUCGUUGAAACGGAAGCUUGCACGGCCAGCAAACAGGAACUGGUGCUGAAUGUUAAUCUAAGGGAACUAAGCAUGCAUUUAGUGAAGCACAGCGUCAAAGAGGUUAGCGGAUUCCGAUGGUUGAAAAAUGCUUUCUACGAUAGUAACCCUGCUCCGUCGCACGUGCAUGCCGUUGCCACCAGAUACGUUGCGGCACAACUGGAACAAUCGCGCGCUCUCUGCAUGCUUGUAUGCAAAACAGCUGGGUUGGAUUUGGUGCUGGAGACUGAAAGAGGAUUCGCUUUGGUGGAUCAACUGAGCAGUUCCCAACAGCUGAGACUAUUCACGUUACUGGAACGAUACUGUCUGGCAGCGGAAUCGCUUGCAUUUCCAUUUCCUUUGGGAUACUCAUCCUUUUUCACGUACCUGGGUUAUCGGGCACUAACGUUUGACAACUUUAUGCAAUACGUCGAACACCACGUACUGGAGUUGCAGAUUGACGUGGUCAAGGUCAUCAUAGCCGACAUGGACGAUUCGACCGAGGGUAUCCAACGAAAGCUGAGCAUUCUGAUGAUGCUUCCCCGGUCACGUGCCAGACGCUUGCUGAACAACUGGAACCAUCCGGUCAGUACGAUGCUGAAGGGUAGGGAGCACGCCACGAAUAUACUCUCCGGAAACUCGGUCCAUUUGCGCGGAUAUUCGCAAAUCAAAAAACGCGAAUACAAGCCAAAAGAUCUGGGCGAGGAUAUGAGUGCCGUACAAAAGAUGCAGGAACCGUUAGACUGCUUCCUGGAUUUACUGACUGCCAAAGCUAGUUUGAAUGAGUUGGAUUUUAACCUGUUAAUUGAAACCACCCUCAGCUCAGUAGAAGAUUUUGAGCUGUAGAAUAUCAACUCCAACAAAUAAAAUAUCAUCCUUGACGUUUAGUAAGUAUUCAAAUAUUACAAUUUUAAUUAGGGCCGUUGUGCAAUGUUUUAACUAAAAUUUAACACAAUUCCCCAAAUGAGGCUACAAAUAAACCUUCAUGAAUAGCAAUUA